AUGAAGAAUUUUAUCUUGGUAUUCGUUCUCAUCAUUUUGGUAUUUAGCAACUUGGCUUCAUCUUUAUCAAGACAGGGUUGCAUCUCCGGCUACAACGAAUGUGCUGUUCUACCGAGAUUUGUUGCGGAGACUUUUGCUGCCCUGAAGCUUCCAAAUGCGAUUCCGGAAUUUGUUCAUUGGAAACAUUGGAAUAAC